UUUUCACAUUCGUUGUUCUCCUGAUUAUUAGGAAAUGAUUUUAAGGUUUUUAUUUCAAUUAAAAGACAUCUAGGUGAACUUUUAGACAAAUCAAAAUGCCUUAUAAAAGACUGGAGGGAGUAUAUGAUUGAGAAUUGAUGGAAUUCCACACAGAAGACAUGGAUUUUCUCCUCAUCUUUAUUGACUAGUUGAGUUGAACCCACGAAAAAAAACACACACUCUGUUUCUCUCUUCUCACUUUUUCUGUUUUUGUCCCCAUUUCUUUUCUCUGUAAAUCUUUCCAUGGAUGAGCCUGAGCAUCAAGAGAAGCCAAAUAAUUAUGAGGAACAAGGUUCAUCAGCUCACUCGCAUGGUCAAGAAGUACUUGGUCCUCCUGAAAAACCAAAAAGGAACAAAUAUGCAUUAGCUUGUGCACUUUUAGCUUCCAUGACCUCAAUCUUGCUUGGAUAUGGUACUUCCUCAAUUUACUCAAAAGUUCACAUUCAUCUUUAACGUUAAUUCAUUCAAAACAAAAAAAGAAAAAAGAUUACAUCUAUUUGGUCUGUGUUUGUGCAGAUACAGGGGUGAUGAGUGGAGCCAUAAUUUACAUACAACCUCAGCUUAAAAUCUCCGAUGUUCAGAAAGAAAUCUUAGUGGGUACGAUCAACAUCUACUCUCUUGUGGGCGCGGCGGCUGCCGGCCGGACAUCCGACUGGCUUGGUCGGCGCUACACAAUAGUUUUUGCUGCUUCGAUAUUCUUCGCCGGAGCUUUUCUGAUGGGAUUUGCUACUAACUAUGCUUUUCUCAUGGUUGGCCGUUUUGUGGCCGGAAUCGGAGUUGGGUAUGCGCUUAUGAUCGCUCCGGUGUACACCGCCGAGCUCUCUCCGGCUUUAUCCCGUGGGUUCCUCACUUCAUUCCCUGAAGUCUUCAUCAACUUUGGUGUACUGCUGGGCUACGUCUCUAACUAUGCAUUUUCCAAACUCCCGGUCAAUUUGGGCUGGCGAUUCAUGCUCGGAGUCGGCGCAAUUCCGUCGUUAAUAUUAGGCUUAGGAGUAUUAGCCAUGCCGGAAUCACCUCGUUGGCUUGUAAUGCAAGGCCGGCUCGGAGACGCCAAGCGAGUCUUAGAUAAAACUUCCGACUCUCCACAAGAAUCCCGACAGAGAUUAUCCGACAUCAAAGAAGCCGCCGGCAUCCCUUCCGACUGCAACGACGACGUCGUCUCCGUCCCAAAACAGGAAAGCCACGGUGCCGGAGUCUGGCGAGAGUUAUUCCUCCGUCCAACUCCGAGAGUCCGUCACAUACUAAUCGCAGCCCUUGGCAUACAUUUCUUCCAGCAGGCAAGCGGGAUAGAUUCCGUCGUCUUAUACAGCCCGACGAUUUUCGAAAAAGCCGGCCUGAAAAAGGAUAGCCAGAGGCUUCUUGCCACCAUAGCCGUCGGAUUAUCAAAAACCGGUUUCAUCCUCGUCGCUACAUUCUUGCUAGACAGGAUCGGACGGCGGGUGCUGCUUCUAACCAGCGCCGGCGGAAUGGCGGUUUCGCUGCUCGGACUCGCCACCGGAUUAACCGUCAUCGAUCAUUCUUCCGAUCACGGUGAAAAAAACGUAACAUGGGCAGUAAUAUUAUGUUUUACGUGUACAUUGACUUGUGUUGGGUUCUUCUCCAUCGGGAUGGGUCCCAUUGCUUGGGUUUACAGCUCGGAGAUAUUUCCGCUCAGGUUGAGGGCUCAGGGAUGCAGCGUCGGAGUUGCUGUGAACAGGUUUACCAGUGGGAUUGUGUUGAUAACGUUUAUAUCUUUGUAUAAGGCCAUUACUAUUGGUGGGUCGUUCUUUCUGUAUGGCGGGGUUGCGACUUUGGCUUGGAUUUUCUUCUACACUUUGCUGCCGGAGACUCGUGGGAGGAGUCUAGAAGAGAUGGAGGAGCUGUUUGGUACGUUUUUCCGGUGGAGGUCAACGGCCAAAGAGCUUCGGAGAAAAAAGAAUGGUGAGGAAGAAUUGACAUCAUUUGGUUAGAUAUUUUUGUCGAUCAAGCUGUGUAAUAUAGUAUCAUUGACAAAAUUCGUUACAUCAUUCAAUAAAAAUUACUCCCUCCGUCCCAUAAUUAUUGUCCACUUUGCCCAGAAAAUUUUCUCCCAAAAUUAUUGUCCAAUUUGACUUUUUAUGGAUCAAGUUACACAUUUGUCCUUGGUAAAAAACAUUAUCCAUAAAAUCUUAGUGGUUAAACAACUACUUAUGUAGGGGUACAUCCAGUUGUUUAAGAUAAAAUAUAGUUAAGUUUGACUAAAAAUAAAAUCUUUCAUUUCAGUAAAAUUGGAUAAUAAUUAUGGGACGGAAGGAGUACUUAAAUUAUGACCGUUUAAAUAUAAUUUC